AUGGCAGAAGAGCCGCCAGAAAAUCCUGAAGGCUCCCGAUGGGCGAAGCGAACCCUGGGGCUGGGGACAGUCGACCCCCCUCUAAAGACCUGUGGGGAACACCCCCUGAGCUCUCCCCCCAACCACUCCCGGGGGGGAAAUUCCAACCCCCCCCCACCAAAAACCAAAACCCCCAACCACCCCCUCCCCACACCCCAACCCCCCAACAAAAAACCCCCACCUUUUUUCCCAUCCAACACAACCCCCCAAACCCCACCAACCCACCCACCACACUCCACAAAACCAAAAAACACAAAAAAAUCCCCAACCCCCCAAACCACCUCCAACCACCCCAACCAAUCCCAAAACCCAACAAAAAACCAAAGCCACACACCCAGGCCACACCCCUCCCCCAACCCAAAAACCCAACCACCAAAAACCCAUCUCCCACCCCAAAACCACCCAACCAACCACCACAAACUCCCAACCCAACCACCCCACCAAAAUAAACCAAAAGACCCCAACCCAACCAAAAAACCCCAAAACCCAACCCACCCCUCCCUCCCCCAAACCACCCACCCCAAAACCACCCCACACCACUCAUUCCACGAACACCAACCACACCAACCCAAGCGGGCCCCCUCCCCAAAACCCAAAAACCCCACCCCAAACCCCCACAAAACCCGGGGGGACAGCACCCCUCCAAAAAACGGUACCCCGAGGAACCCGCCCCAAAACGGGAAAGGGGACAUGAAGGGAGGCCCCUGA